AUGCCCCCUAUAACGUUCACAGACCGAGAUUUUCAAGGCAUCGACCCAGUACAAGAUGACCCCAUGGUCAUCAGUGUAGAGAUCAACAACUGUAUCGUAAAGAAGACACUGGUUGAUCAAGGUAGUUCGGCGGAUAUCUUGUACUGGAAGACGUUCGAACAACUGGGCAUUCCGGAACAGGAGUUGACGCCCUAUGAUGAACCUUUGGUAGGAUUUUCGGGUGAGCGUGUGGACACUCGAGGGACGAUAGACUUGUAUACCUACUUCGGCGAUGAUCAACGAAGGCGGAUCAAGGUGCGCUAUGUAGUUGUGAACGCCAACUCCUCGUAUAACAUUCUGUUGGGCAGACCCUCUCUAAACAAGCUCCGAGCCAUCGUAUCUACUCCACAUUUGGCCAUGAAGUUUCCGUCAGAGGAAAGGACGGUUAUCACCAUGCAUGCCGAUCAUAAAACGGCGCGCAAAUGUUACUUCGCCAGUUUAAGGGUACUACCAACUCCGAAGCCAGGACGAGAUGUUAAUGUUAUUGGCGACGUCCGACAGAAGUUAGUUGAAGGUCUAGAACUCGAUCCAAGGAUGGAAGAUGAAGAUAGGGUCGAGCCUAUUGAAACAACGGUGCCUUUCCAGCUAGGGAAAAAUGAAGAGCAGGUCACUUUCUUGAGUUCUCAGCUAUCCGGAGCAGAUGCAAGAGAUAUUAAGCAGGUACUACGAAAGUAUUCAGACUUAUUUGCUUGGACUGCAGCAGACAUGCCGGGCAUUGACCCGAGUUUCCAUUGCCAUCGACUCUCGGUGUGUCGAGACGCCAAGCCUAUCGCUCAAAAGAAGAGAAAGAUGGGUGGCGAGAGGGCUCAGGCGAUAAAGGAAGAGACAACCAAGCUGCUUCAAGCAAGAUUCAUAAGAGAAGUCAAGUAUUCCACUUGGCUGGCAAAUGUGGUGAUGGUUAAGAAAUCAAAUGGAAAGUGGCGGAUGUGUACAAAUUACACGGAUUUGAACAAAGCGUGCCCAAAAGACGCUUACCCUCUACCCCACAUUGAUGCGUUGGUUGACGGAGCAGCCGACCAUCAUAGAUUGAGUUUCUUGGACGCCUAUUCGGGGUAUAAUCAAAUACCUAUGUACCCCCCGGACGAAGCAAAGACCGCGUUCAUCACAGAUUCGGCCAAUUUUUGCUACAGGGUAAUGCCUUUCGGCUUGAGGAAUGCAGGGGCGACUUAUUAG